AUGAUUAGCGGUAGAUCAGAGAAGCAUCGUAGUACGAGAAUAGCAGCUGUUAGUCGACUGAGUGAUAUGAAGAGAGCGAAUAAUUCUGAAAACGGAGAAGAACGCAAAGUAACGAAAAGUAGCACCAACGGGCACCCUCAGCCACCACCACAGAAACGCUUAAAUUCUGGUCAUACUGGGACUCAACGACUUGAGAAAAUGGGAAUUAAUGGAAAAAUUGGUGAAUCUGAUAUUGAGCGAGUAGCUGUCCUUGACUUCGGAGCGCAGUAUGGCAAGGUCAUUGAUCGUCGUGUGCGGGAAGCCAAUGUCCUUUCUGAGAUGUUCCCAUUAAAGACAAAGGCUAAAGAUAUUUUGAGCAAAGGAAGAUUCAAAGCCGUAAUAAUCUCAGGUGGUCCCAAUUCUGUGUACGAGGAAGGAGCACCCCAGCUAGACAAUGAGAUCUUCAAUUGUGGCUUGCCUGUCUUGGGCAUUUGCUACGGAUUUCAGUUAAUGAAUAAAGGACACGGUGGGAGUGUAGCGAAGGAAAAGGGACUAAAUGAAAAUGAACAAGUUCUCUUAACACAUGGGGACUCUGUAACGGAACAGACUGUGGCGCCAGGUUUCGAAGUGAUAGCAAUGAGUGGUGGACAUGUUGCUGGAAUCGCUUGUAGUGCAAAGCGAUUAUAUGGAGUUCAAUUCCACCCCGAGGUCGAUUUAACGACAAGUGGCCGGAAAAUAUUCAACAAUUUCCUGUUUCGGAUAGCAGAAUGCUCGGGCGGAUACACGUUGCGUAAUCGUGAGCAGAUGUGUAUCGAUGAAAUUCAGCAGACUGUUGGAGACAAGAAGGCUCUCGUACUCGUAUCCGGGGGCGUCGAUUCUUCUGUCUGUGCAGCGUUACUUAAUCGCGCUUUGGGACGACAACGUGUGACGGCCAUACACAUUGACAACGGCUUUAUGAGAAAGAACGAAAGCGACCACGUUGUAAAGAGUCUCAAGGCAAUCGAUCUACCUGUUCACAGAGAGUGCGCAGGUCUGACGUUUAUGCUGGGCACAGUUUCCGGAAAGCCUGGCGAUGGCGACCCCUUGGACAGGACUGUGGAUCCGGAAGUGAAGAGGCAGAUAAUCGGCAAUACGUUUAUCCGAGUUAAAGAUCGAGUGAUGGAAGACCUGAAGUUGAAGAAGGAAGAGUACUUUCUUGCACAAGGAACACUCAGGCCUGAUCUAAUAGAAAGUGCCAGUGAACUAGCGAGCGGACAUGCUGAUACAAUCAAAACUCAUCAUAAUGAUACUGCUCUCGUGAGGGAACUACGUGCAUUAGGCCGUGUUAUUGAACCAUUGAAAGACUUUCACAAAGACGAAGUGCGAGAGCUUGGCCGAUGUUUGGGUCUUCCCGAAGAACUCGUUGAUCGUCAGCCAUUCCCAGGACCAGGACUGGCAAUUCGGAUUAUUUGUGCGCAAAAACCACAUAUAUGCAGUGAUUUUGGGACAACACAUCAGUGUUUGAAUGUGCUAACGAACUUGCCGCGUCAACCCACUACACCACUCGAGAGCGAUUGCAGAGAAAAGAUGUUAGCUGCUCUGAGCGGUUGGGAAAUCUCAGAGCUGUUGUCACAGCCGUUUACAGUUUACUCCACUUUGUUACCUAUCAAAAGUGUAGGAGUGCAAGGAGAUAGCCGUUCUUACUCUUAUGUUGCCGCUUUAUCCACUACGCAUACCACAAUCCCUUGGCAAUUGCUUUCUCGAUAUGCCACCGUGAUACCAAAAUUAUUACACAAUAUUAACAGAGUUGUUUACGUUUUUGGCGGCGCAGUUCUCUAUCCAAUAACAACAAUCACUCCAACUUACUUGAAUGGAUUUACUGUCAAGGCACUACAAGAGGCUGAUCAUCUGGCAACUGAAGUACUUCAUGGAAGAAAGAUAGAUGGUAGUCGCGACCCAGAUCUAGAGGAUAUAAGCAAAAAAGUGCAGCAGAUGCCGGUUGUGAUGGUUCCUAUCCACUUUGACCGUCCACCGAAUGAAGUGAAUUCGUACAAACGAUCCUUUGUUUUGCGACCAUUUAUCACUGCGGAUUUCAUGACUGGUCUUGCGGCUAUACCAGGAAAAGAUAUUCCUGAGAAGAGUGUCUUGGAAAUGGCACACCGAAUAACAAAUCAUGUGAAAGGAACGUCACGAGUAAUGAUCGACCUCACUAGCAAACCUCCCGGAACGACAGACGCUGGUGAUUUCAACCAGGAAAAGCGUCUUAGAAGGAAGCUGCGUCGUCAACUACAACAAGACCGCGAUAACGAGUGGACGUCAAGAGCGAUGGAGUUUGAGAAGGCGUGGGAGGACAGGAACCUGCGGAAAGCCUACGCUCUACUAAUACAGUAUAGUGGCAAAAUGAAAAUAUGUUCUCCUGUCCUCAACACUGCCAAUGGAGGAGCUGUCGGUGAAGCAACCCUUCCAAUUUGGAAGGAACACUUCAAGACCUUGCUGAACCGGCUAGCACCGUCAGCUCCUGAACCCGAGCACGUUCAUAGACCGAUAUACGCGGUUAACGAGGAGCCACCGACCAUGUCGGAAGUUCUAUUCUGUAUUCAAAAAAUGAAGAACGGAAAAUGCGGUGGAGACGACGGGAUUAGCGCAGAAAUACUAAAAUAUCUUCCUCCGUCUGGGAUUCGUGAGAUGACAAGAAUCAUCCGUUCAAUAUGGAUAGACGAAAGGAUACCUGAUUCGUGGAGACACGCUAUCAUAAUUCCCCUCCACAAGAAGUUAUCCGUCACGGACCCCAGGAAUUAUCGAAGAAUCUCUUUGCUGCGUGUUAUGUACAAGGUAUUGGAGCACAUUAUCCUGGACCGACUUAUUAAACAUCGCGAAGAAACAACGCGCGACGAGCAAGCUGGCUUUCGUCCUGGCCGAUCUACGAUUCACCAGGUGUUCAUCGUCAGGAGAGUGAUCGAAAUCUGGUAG